AAGGGGUGCUGGUGGCGAAGUACAGCUCCACGCUUGCUGUCUGUCCAGAUGCGGGGAGUGCGAGUGUGUGGGCUUGGGAGGUGAAGGGUACCAGGCUCAGCUGCUGCGUGUAGGGACCGGUACAAAGGUCUCACGCGUGCCGGCGCUUUUGGAGGUGAUGCAGCAAGACCAGAGAAAUGGGCUUCCAGGCUGCCUGCUGCUUCGUGCUGCUGCUUUGCACAGGAGGGUCACUCAGCAAGCCCACUCUCAGGAAGGAGAGGGUCGUUCAUCCAGACCCUCAGCUCAGCGAUCAGCUGCACGAAGAUAACCAAAGCUUCCAGUAUGACCACGAAGCUUUUCUGGGCAAGGAGGAAGCCAAGACUUUCGAUCAGCUCACCCCAGAAGAAAGCAAAGAGAAACUAGGGAAAAUUGUUGAUAGAAUAGACAAUAACAAUGAUGGCUACGUCACAACAGAGGAAUUGAAAAACUGGAUUAAGCGAGUGCAGAAACGCUACAUCUACGAAAAUGUGGCUAAAGUCUGGAGAGAUUAUGACCUAAACAAGGAUAACAAAAUAUCCUGGGAAGAAUACAAACAAGCCACCUAUGGUUAUUAUCUAGAAAAUCCAGAAGAAUUUCAAGAUGCGACUGAUCAACACAGUUUUAAAAAAAUGCUGCCCAGGGAUGAAAGGCGAUUCAAAACUGCAGACCUAGACGGAGACUCAGCUGCCACUCGUGAGGAGUUCACUGCCUUUCUUCAUCCGGAGGAGUUUGAGCAUAUGAAAGACAUUGUCGUCUUAGAAACAUUGGAGGACAUAGACAAAAACGAGGAUGGUUUUGUGGAUCAAGACGAGUACAUUGCUGAUAUGUUUGCACAUGAGGAAGGUGGACCAGAACCUGACUGGGUAAUUACUGAACGUGAGCAGUUUUCUGAUUUUCGGGAUAUAAACAAGGAUGGGAAGAUGGAUAAAGAGGAGAUUCGGCACUGGAUUCUCCCACAAGACUAUGAUCACGCACAAGCUGAAGCUAGGCACUUAGUCUAUGAAUCAGACGUAGACAAGGAUCAAAAGUUAACCAAAGAGGAGAUUCUAGAAAACUGGAACAUGUUUGUUGGCAGCCAAGCUACCAAUUAUGGGGAAGAUCUCACAAAAAAUCAUGAUGAACUAUGAUAUUUUUUACGACUCAGUGUGGCACAGACUGUUCAGUUUCUCACCACGUUAAUGAAGUCACUGUGGUUUUUUCUGGCUGAAUAACUUGCACCAAUAUGUUUUUAAACAAAGCAGCUUAUUACCUCAGAAAUGGGGUAGAAAUAGCCUCUAACUCUGCACCAUUAAAUGCAAGAGCUAGUCACUACAAUUUUAUUUUAAGAACCCCCUCACUGUUCUGAAUAGAUUGCAGUAUCACUUUGGGAAUGAACUUCUAAGACUUAGUUCUUAGGCUCAUUAGAAGUAUUUCACAUUUUCUUUAAAUACCUUUGUUUUUCCUGUAGGGAAAUGCAGUUUUGAUCAGGAAGAAACUUAUUGAAUGUUUAAACAGAUUCCGAGUUUAGUGUUGUAUUUUUAAAAAAAAUAGUAACUAAGAAUUUAGAACUAUAUUCGCCCUUUCCCAUAUAAAGGAGAGAUCUUACCUGAUAAGGGCCAUCGCCUUUUUUCCUCCAUGCUGUAGUUUUUCCUCCUGGUUGGGUCCAGAGGUGCUGAAUGAAUAAGACCUUUUGGAAUACAGACAUGUGCACCAGCCCUAUGGAUCAUUUGAGUGCAACACCUACAACUAAUCACUGCCCCCAGUUCCCUUUCACCAAUCAGUAGCAGCACAUCUGGCACAUUGGCUGUCACCCCACGGUUGUUCUUUGAUGAGGACAAUAGAGUCCAUGCUGACAAUUACUACUACAGAGGUAAUAUAGGAUGAUUGACAAGAAUUAUGGCACAUGGACCUUUGUUUCCAACUCAUCCCACACUUCGUACAAGAGACACACUCCACUUUUACUAUGUAGGGUCUUUGCUGACUCAUUCAUGUCAUGUGGAAAAGAAAUGAGCAUCUACCCUCUGGACCCUUCUUGAGCUUAUGGGCCUUCUGUUCUCCUCUGUGCUGCAUCAGGGAUGCAUGUGGUUUAAAGUGCUGGUUUGUAUAUAUACACACACAUUUAUAUCACCAAGUUGUACCAUAGGUGGAUGGUUUUCCUUCAGAACAGUAAACCUUCCGUAUGGCUGCAUUUUUUACUGUAUAAUAUGAGCUGUUCUUUUUUAUGUACACUGUGGGUUUUUUAGCCCCUGUACUGAGUUGACAACAUGCACAAUAAAACCAUGACUUUCUUUUUGAUACUAUGAAGGUGCAGAAAUGUUAAUAGAGGAGUCAUGUGGGAGGGGGAAGUAAAGACAGGAACCAACGGCAAGCUUUUAAACAGUAGUUCCAAAACUGAGGUCUCCAGACUGUAGGUAGUCCAUGAAGCACUUGCUGGUAGCCCACAGAGAGCUGGCUGGGGACAUGCCAGGGUUCCUUCAUGUUUCCAGCUGAUGAAUCACACUAAAGGAAGCUAAAAAAUACAUUAUGUUCCAUGUAAACAAUUGCUGUAGUUACCAGUAGGCUGUAAUUGGCAGGGGAAUUUAUCUGCACAUGCAUGAAUGGCAGGAGAGGCAUCCACAAUACAUUUCCUCUAGGAUGUGUGCU